AUGAGACUGACCCACGCGCCCGCGCUCGCAGUCGAGGUCCGCCUCAAGCCGACGUCGACGAUGCGGUACGACUUGAUCCGCCGGCUCAUGAGCCAGCACCUCGACGCCGAGUACGAGACGCUCCUCACGCACUCGGAGGUGCACGACUGGCGGGACGUCGCCGUCCUCGCGCAAAACGUCGACCGGGUCUGGAUUGGCGAAUGCAGUACGUCCCUCUCGUCCUCACCUCGGCGCGACCUUCUCGGUUCUCUCACUCACCCCUACCGUCGCCCGCGCACAGCCCUCGCUACUUCCGCCGUCCCUCUCGACGCCGUCUCGCUCCACUUGCACGUGUACCAGCCGCCGUCCUCGUCGCGCGUCACCGAGUUCAGCACGUCGCCGCACAACGACGACGACGGCGACUCGGACGUGCCCGCCGCGUCGGUCCUCGAGCUGCCGUCCCUGAGCCUCGAGGGCGUGUGGGACACGCUCAUCUACGACGGCGACGUCAAGGGCAAGCUCCUCAACUACAUCUACUCGACCAUGCUCUUCAGCGACGCCCUCGUCGACUUCAACAUCGUCACGUGGAACCGCGUCGUCCUCCUGCACGGUCCGCCGGGAACGGGCAAGACGUCCCUGUGCCGGUCGCUCGCUCAAAAGCUCGCCAUCCGCCUCUCGGACCGGUACGCGUCAGGCAAGCUCAUCGAGAUCAACUCGCACUCGCUCUUCAGCAAGUGGUUCUCCGAGUCGGGCAAGCUCGUCCAGCGCCUGUUUGCCCAGGUCACCGACAUGGUCGACGACGAGAGCAGCUUUGUCGUCGUCCUCAUCGACGAGGUUGAGAGCUUGACGGCGGCAAGGGCGGGCGCCAUGUCGGGCAAGGAACCUUCUGAUGCACUGCGAGUCGUCAACGCCCUCCUGACGCAGCUCGACAAGCUCAAGACGCGCAAGAACUGCCUCGUCAUGACGACGUCCAACCUCACCGGCGCCAUCGACAACGCCUUUAUCGACCGGGCCGACAUCAAGCAGUACAUUGGCCUACCGCCUGCUGCCGCCGUCUACUGGAUCCUCAAGUCGUGCCUGAACGAGAUCAUGCGCGCCGGCCUCAUCCCUCCUGUCGCCCUGCACGAGUACAAGGCCCUCGAGGUGCUCGAGUCGACGGGCGGCGCAGGAGCGCAAGACGCCGACGAGGAGACUCGCUGCAGCGAGUUGCUCUUCUCGCUCGCCAACCAGUGCCAGCAGGGCCUUUCCGGCCGCACGCUCCGCCGCCUUCCCGUCCUCGCCCACGCACGACACAUCGCCGUCUCGUUCGCCUCGUCGGCGCGGCCGAGGCUCGCCACGUGGCUCGAGGCGAUGCGCAAGACGGUCGAGGAGGAAGGGAGGGAGAUGGACCGGGUCGAGGGGGCCGUGUGAGGAGAUGCAUCGCAGGUCGUCGCACUCGG